AUGGCAACAGGGGAUCCAGCUGCAUUCCAAGCAUCCAUGAAGCAAAGAACCUUGGUGAAGGGCAUGGCAACUCCAAGGAAGGCAGGGAUCCCCUUAGGUGUCAUGAAGGUGUUAGAUCCACGCCAGCUAAAGCCUGACAGCACGGAGACAGAAAGAAUCCUUACUGUCUUGGAUGAGACCAUUGUCAAGCUGGAGAUCACCAGGCUGAUCCCACGGAUUACUGCCUCCCUGGACAGGUAUGGGAGGAUGCUGGGACCUGAGAUCACAAGCAGCCUUCUGGAGCUUCAGAAGCUUUCAAUGGAAAUACAGCACCUGCUCACCAGCCCUGGAGAUGCAAAGACCAUGAGAGCUGUGGAGAAACGCCUGAAAAGUUCCCUGAGAAACAUCCUGAGGCUCUUCCUGGCCAACCCCUUGCUUUACCAUGGGCUGAAAUUCGAAGUUCGGGUGAAAGAGUCACCAGCUGAUGUGUUCAUCAAAGCCUUCAUGGAGUUCCGGGACUUCACACUCGAGAGGCUCCUGACCACUCCUGAUGAGGAGAGGGAAAUGAUUCAAUUCAUGAAAGACAUUUCCCUCCAAGUUGAGAAAAACACAGAAAUGAUCUCAGCUCUACAGGGAGAGCUAGAAGGAGUCAUCCAGACUCGAGAUGAAGAGGUUAGCAGGAAGGACAAAACAAUUGAAAACCUCAAAACCACCAUGGAAGAUCUGGCCAAGAACUGCAAGGCUGAAAUCCGGCUGAUCAUGAAGGAAGGGGAAAAGCAGAAAAAAGAGGAUGAGGAAGCCUCCCAGGAGAGGUGUGCCAGGCUGAAGGAGGACAUUCAGCGCCUGGGAACACAGUUCAAUGCACUGGUGCUGGAGCAUCGAGCCUCAGAGCUGGUUCUCAGGAAGGAAAAGUGCAAAGCAGAGAAGAAAAUUCAGGAAUGGGUCCAGAAAUACGACAUAGAUAUGACAGAAAAACAGACCACAUAUGAUGAGCUCCAGGCUGUCUACAAUGAGGAGAAGGAGCAGUUGUCCCUGCUGAUGGAGAAACAUGCCAUGCUGCUCCAGGAGUACACCCUGAUCGAGGAGGAGCGCAGGAUACUCAAGGAGAAGGAGGAGGAAGCUGCACGGGAGGAGGCCAGGAGGAACAAAGCUGCCACCUGCAUCCAGGCCUUCUGGAAAGGCUACUUGGUGCGGUCCAUCUACAAGUCAGUACUGAAGAAGGGAAAGGGCAAGGGCAAAGGCAAGAAAUAAAGCCCCAAAUCCUUUUGUU